UUUCCAUUUUUCUACUUUUUAUUUUCCUUUGCUUUCCACCUUUUCCUGCAAAACCCUAAUUUCUUCAUCCUUUCAACAAUUUCUGAAACCCAAGAAAAUUUUUCAUUCUUUUUUUAAUUUUUAAUUUUUGAAAAAAAAAAUACAUGCGUCACCAUUGAAGCUCUGAGCUUGCUCUUCAAUGGCUGAAGCUUACUGGUUUUAACUGUAGAAGUAAUUUCUCAGAUUUUGAUCUUUCUUCUUUGACUUCAGCCUCAACAAUUUCUGGGUUUUGCGAAUUUCGAAGGUUUUGUGAUUUUUUGCUUUGAUUUCUAUGAAUGGAGAGACAAGAAGAGAUUAAUCAUCACAGUUAUGGGGUUACAAGGGGUGAUGAGGCUCCGGAGAGCUACAUACUGCCGGCGAGGACCGAAAACCCAAGCCAAUUGAGCGGAUCGCCGAUUCCGCAACCGUCCACGGCGGUGAUCACGACGGCGACACCAGUUUCAGCGGCGGCGCCGAGCACGGAGGCGUUGAAGAAGAAGAGGGGGAGGCCGAGGAAGUACGGCCCAGAUGGGUCUCUCAGGCAAACUCUGUCGCCGAUGCCGAUAUCGGCUUCGAUUCCGCUGACCGGGGAUUUCUCAGCUUGGAAACAACCAUUGAAGAAGAAACAAAAGAUGGAGUUUGAGAGUUUGGGUAAUCGGGUAGCGUACUCUGUUGGUGCAAAUUUCACACCUCAUGUGAUCACUGUUAAUGCUGGCGAGGAUGUUACGAUGAAGGUCAUAUCAUUUUCUCAACAAGGGUCUAGAGCUAUUUGUGUUCUUUCAGCAAAUGGUGCAAUUUCAAAUGUUACCCUUCGUCAGCCUACUUCUUCUGGGGGUACUUUAACAUAUGAGGGUCGUUUUGAGAUACUUUCCUUGACCGGGUCAUUUAUGCCUAGUGAUAUUGGAGGAGCAAAAAGCAGAUCUGGUGGGAUGAGUGUUUCUUUGGCAGGCCCAGAUGGUCGUGUUUUGGGGGGAGGAAUCGCCGGCCUUUUAGUAGCUGCUAGCCCUGUUCAGGUUGUGGUUGGGAGCUUUUUACCAGGCCAUCAGAUGGAGCAGAAGCCCAAGAAGCAGAAAUCUGAGCACAGAGCAAACUUUUCCCCAACCCCUUCUAAUCACAACUCCGGAAAAGGAACAGAGGGAGUGUAUGGAGGACCAAAGCCGAUCCUCUCACCUCCCACUUCCUUCCACGGAGAUAGGAUGGCUACUACUCCAAACUCCAUUUACGUUCCGAAGAAUUUAGGCACUGAAAAUGAAAUACCCAUGCCCGGAGCCGAAUCUAAAGACCCUGGCCUACAGAAGUUGGAGGUUUCUUGCUGAUCAUGCAUGCACUUUGUACCUUGCUUGUAUCUCGACUUCCUUAUCUGACCUUCUCAUAAACUCAUUGACUCGUCAUAGGACAAAGUAGGGCUUAACAUGAGGCCAGUUUUAUAAGCUGGAGUUGUAUUUGUAGGAACUAGGGUUAGGAUGACGGUACCACGAUCUAGUAGGGCUUAUUCUACAGUAGUCGUUGUUGUCGUCAUAUGUUGUGUUGUUUCAUUUGUUGAUGUAGAAUUUUUAGAUGUAUUAUGACACCUUGUUUGUCAAUCUUUCUGACUUCACUGUAGCUGAAAGAUUGAAAUAUUUAAUUGGAUUCUGUUUUAUUAAGAAUUGACUUUGUAUGUUGUGAAAUAUAUGGAGCUAUGUUCUUUGUUUA